GCGUGAGAUUAUUGGCAAGCCCAAGUCCCCAGCCUCGACGCCGCCCUCAAGAACCUCAAAAGACAGCAACCAUGGCUGAUUCCGCCGUUACCGACCCCCAAGUCGCCGCCGACCUCAAGAAGAGGAGGACCUUCCGUACCUUCUCCUACCGUGGCAUCGAGCUCGACAAGCUCCUUGACCUUUCCAACGAAGAGUUCGUCGAGGUCGUUCAUGCUCGUGCCCGCCGGCGCUUCCAGCGUGGUCUCAAGCGCAAGCCUAUGGGUCUCAUCAAGAAGCUCCGCAAGGCUAAGACUGAAGCUCCCCCUAAUGAGAAGCCCGCUGUCGUCAAGACUCACCUUCGUGACAUGAUCAUCGUCCCAGAGAUGAUUGGCUCUGUUGUUGGUAUCUACAACGGAAAGGUCUUCAACUCCGUCGAGAUCAAGCCCGAGAUGGUCGGCCACUACCUUGGCGAGUUCUCCGUUUCGUACAGGCCCGUCAAGCACGGUCGCCCUGGUAUCGGUGCUACUCACUCUUCGCGUUUCAUCCCUCUCAAGUAAAGGAUUUAUUACUUGUUGUUUGGGCUCGGGGGCCCGUCAUGUUGUUUUCUAUCUGUGCUCUCUCUCAGUACCUACCACCCACGCCGCGACUGUGUCUCUAAAAUCUUUAUGCAUCCAACAUGCGCAUAUGGGCUAUGCUUUCUGGGACUGUACGAUCUGCGGGAUCC